CUUCAAGCGGACCAUCACUAACUGGUCAGAGAGUGUAGCCAAAUCUGCAACGCUCUACAGUGGCAUCUAUUGUUAGAGUUUUCCGGCAAACCAACAGGACUCAACGGUUACCUCACACAGGAGGGAGAGGACGGAUGUUCACUGAUGUGCAGGAAACUGCCAUUGUUGAUAUGGUCACCAGAAACAAUGGGAUAAAACUCACUGAAAUUAGACACAGUCUUGGCAGACAACGUUACUUUGGCAAAUAUUCACAGUGUAAGCAUAACAACAAUUUCUAGAGUCCUGAAAAAACAUCAGGUCAGGAUGAAGCAGUUGUACACUGUGCCUUUUGAGAUGAACUCUGAACAUGUCAAGCAACUCAGGAACCAGUAUGUCCAGAGAGUCAUGGAGAUCGAAGGCAGGCAAACACACCACAUUUUCAUCUUUGUGGAUGAGGCAGGUUUCAACUUGGCCAAAGCACGGCGACGAGGGAGGAAUGUGAUUGGGAAGAGAGCCACAGUGAAUGUCCCGGGGCAGAGGGGUGCCAACAUCACAAUGUGCGCAGCAAUAUCCACUGAUGGACUGCUGUUACACAGACCACUAAUUGGGCCAUACAACACUGAACGGCUCCUUGUGUUCCUGCAUGAUCUCUAUGGAAGGGUUGUGCUAGGUGAGGAAAGGGAUGCGGAGAGAAGGAAUCAGCCAACAUUUAUAACUGUAUGGGACAACGUGGCAUUUCAUCACUCCCGUGCAGUCACCGAGUGGUUUGCAGCCCAUCCCAGAAUGGAGUCUCUUUUCCUCCCACCUUACUCUCCAUUCCUCAACCCCAUAGAGGAAUUCUUUUCCUCAUGGUGGUGGAAGGUUUACAACUGAAUGCUGGAUGCCUGGAGAUAUCAGCAGAAGAUUGCCAGGGAUGGAUCAGGCAUGCCAGAAGAUUAUUUCCUAGGUGUAUUGCCCUAGAUUACAUUAGAUGUGAUGUGGAUGAGAACCUGUGGCCAAAUGGAGAAGACCGAGUAGAUUAGCAUUACUAUUGUAUGUGU